AUGAAUUUGAAUAGAGAAUUAGGCAAAGUUGUGGCCAAAUUCUCAGCAGCUACCAAGUCACGAUCUCUUGCUCCUUCACCCCGUUACCAACGGUUACUUAAGGGACCAGGCUUGUUACAGAAGGUAUACAGGAAGUUUAUAGCGCCUUGGUACUUUAGAGCCAUUUCAGGCCCAUUUGAAAGAUGGCAUCAUGCUUGUUUAACCAGAUACCUCAGAGAACAUGGGUUGCUGUAUGAUGAUUUAAUGAGUGAAAGAGAACCCUUGGUUGAAAGAGCAUUAUCGAUAUUAACACCGGAUCUGGCAACUGCUCGUUUCAGGCGAAUAGCAAAAGGGAUGCAAAUCAGUAUGUUAAGGCUCUAUCCUCCACUUGAGGAACAAAAUUACGACCCAUUUAUACCAUAUUUGGCACCAUUCAUUGAAGAGGCUAAAUUUCAGUUGCAAGAAGAAGAGGAACUUCUAGGCUAUCAUCCAGUAGAUAGAAGACUAUUCUGCGGAGGUACAACAGGAUUUGGAGAUCUGGAGCCUGGAAUGCACUUUUUAGUUUCAUUUCCCUGUGUUUAUGGAGGUGGUAUGGGAAAUAUGAAAAAGAAAUAA